UGCUGGGGAGGCCGCCGCCGCCUCCCUGGGCCUGGCGAGGCGGUCCCAGCUGCGAUGCCGCUGCUUGUGGAGGGGCAGCGAGUGCGGCUGCCACAGUCUGCUGGGGAGCUGGUCCGAGCUCACCCGUGUCUGGAGGCUCCAUCUCCAUUCUGGGUUCUGAUGAUGCCACCACUUGUCACAUUGUGGUCCUGAGGCACACAGGUAAUGGGGCGACCUGCCUGACACAUUGUGACGGAACUGACACCAAAGCUGAAGUGUCCUUGAUCAUGAACUCCAUAAAAUCCUUUUCCAAUGAUGUUCACGGUGGAAGGCUGGAAGUGCACCUUGUGGGAGGGUUCAGUGAUGAAAGGCAGUUGUCACAAAAACUUACCCAUCAACUCCUCAGUGAGUUUGACAGACAGGAAGAUGACAUUCACUUAGUGACAUUAUGUGUGACAGAAUUAAAUGACAGAGAAGAAAAUGAAAACCACUUUCCAGUAAUCUCUGGCAUUGCUGUCAACAUUAAGACUGCGGAGAUUUAUAGAGCCUCCUUUCAAGACCGAGGCCCAGAGGAGCUGCUUCGGGCCGCCAGGGCUUUAGCGGGAGGCCCGAUGAUUAGCAUUUAUGAUGCAGAGACAGAGCAACUUCGAAUAGGCCCGUAUUCCUGGAUGCCAUUUCCACAUGUGGAUUUCUGGUUGCAGCAAGAUGACAAGGAAAUACUAGAGAACCUGUCCACUUCACCUUUGGCCGAGCCCCCCCACUUUGUUGAACAUAUUCGUUCUACCUUGAUGUUUUUAAAGAAGUACCCAUCUCCAAUGAGCACACUGUUUCCUGGAAAUAAAGCUCUCCUCUACAAAAAAACUCAAGCUGGCUUAUGGGAAAAGACCUCUUUUCCAGAAAGCUAAAAGUAGGAAUUACCAAAGAGGGCACUUUUCGGCAUGGCAGAGACCAUGGAUAGGAUUUGGUAUCUACAUCAGUUGAGUCUAGGUCUCCUUCCUUACUCAGCAUCUUUCAAAUGACUUUCAAAAUAAAAUCUUAUUUUGGCAAAGGCAUUUGUUUGAUCUUUUUGCUUUACCUUAAAAAGUUGAUGUCCAGGCUUUUCUGUUUGGUCGGUAAUAAGGGGCAGAGGAAAAUCCACUUGUCUCACUGGUGGGUAAGUAUUCCUAAAUCUGCUAUGUUAAUGAACAAAGUAAAAACUGUGAGAACUUAUACAUCUCAGAGUUGUGGCCCAAAAGUAUUUUAGAAGCUUCACAUUCAAAACUGCUUUUUUUUUGGGUAAAUGAGAUGAAAGGUCAGAAAGAAAAGC